AAGAGUGAAGUCUGUCCAAUGCCCUCUUGGAUUCCUCCUCCUUCUCAGACCCUUUUCUCCUCUCUUCCUCGCUUCGCCGCCGCAAUCCGAACCAUGAGUUCCGGGUCGACCCAGCGCGUGUUCCAGCUCCGACAUGACCCGCUUACUGGCAACUCGGAGUGGGUCGUCAUCGAAGAAGAUGAAGAUGAAGAUGAACAUGCUCAGCCUAAUUCACCCCUUUUGGCUACAACCUCGUACUUGGACAUGCUCAAUGACUCUCCCAGGAACCGAGCUUUUCGUCAAGCCAUUGACAAGGCUAUUACCUCUCCUUCCCACGUUCUUGAUAUUGGUGCUGGAACUGGUUUGUUGUCAAUGAUGGCUGCUCGGGCAAUGGGAUCUGCAGCAGCUUCAACACGUGAUCAUAGUAAUACUAAUAGUAAUAGGCAGUGGAACGCGAUGGUGACAGCAUGUGAGUCUUAUCUUCCAAUGCUGAAGUUGAUGAAGAAAGUUCUGCGCCACAAUGCCAUGGAAAAGGCUGUUCAUGUCAUCAACAAGCGCUCUGAUGAACUUCGAGUUGGUGUUGAUAUACCUUCGCGAGCAGAUGUUCUUGUUAGUGAGAUACUGGACUCGGAACUAUUGGGUGAAGGGCUUAUCCCUACUCUACAGCAUGCACAUGACAUGCUGUUAGUAGAAAAUCCAGUAACAAUUCCAUACAAAGCAACUGCAUAUGGUCAGUUGGUAGAAAGUACAUUCUUGUGGAGGUUUCAUGAUUUACAUAAUAACGAAGCACAGGCAUCUGAUGGCCUUCGUCUUGUUCCAGCCGGAUUUAAUAAUAUUUUAGGUGUCAAGUCACAACAAUAUGCCUUGCAUUGCAAUGCGAUAGAAAACGAAAUAAAUCUCCUUUCAGAACCCUUCAAAAUUUUUGAAUUUGAUUUUUGGAAACGGCCAGACAGUUACGGAGAAAAUCAGCUUUCCAUUAGAGCAACUAAUAAUGGUCAAGUUCAUGCUGUAAUUUCAUGGUGGGUACUUCAGAUGGAUCGUGAAGGAACUCUUUUUUAUUCCACUGCCCCAAGAUGGAUUAGUAUGCCAACAAAUAAAAGUGAUGACGAUUGGUGCGACCACUGGAAACAGUGUGUCUGGUUUGUUCCAGGCCAAGGGAUUCCCCUAGCCAAGGAUCAAAAGGUUCAUUUGUCAGCUUUUCAUGAUGAAACCAGAAUCUCUUAUAAUCUUAAGACACAGUCACAAGUAGAUCAUCCUAUGAUGCAUGGCUUCAAGGGUGGGGAUUUCCAGCUGGAAUUAUCACCGGAAAGAGUCGCAAUCUAUGGAGACGGCGAAUGGAGGACUUUCAUAUCAACAGUUAUAGGAAAUGCAGUAAGUUCGAUCCGUUUCUUCGCCUAUCACUAUCACUAUCACCAUCGCACAAAUACUCGAUUAAAGGGAAGAGUUGAUCCGUUAUGCGUUGUUGCAGAUGAUAGUGUUUUCUUGACACUUCUUGUUGCGCAUCUUUCAAAGACAUCAAGUGUAAUAUCAUUGUUUCCGGGGCUGCGGAGCAAGGGUGCCCGAUACUUGGAAGCUGUUGCUGAUGCAAAUGGUUUCUCUAUGGAUCGCGUACAAGUUCUGGAGAAGAAGAAAACACUUUCGAGUAUGAUUGAUACACAUCAGAAAAAGGUUGACUUGUUGAUCGGAGAACCUUUCUAUAGUGGAACUGAGGGGAUGCUUCCGUGGCAGAAAUUGCGAUUUUGGAAGGAGCGGACAAUGCUCGGCUCUCUACUAUCGGAAGAUGCACUAAUAGUGCCCUGUAAAGGGCUAUUGAAGGCUUGUGCCAUGUCUCUCCCUGAUCUGUGGAAUAGUCGGCGAUGCUUGGACAAGAUCGAAGGUUUUGAUCACUCGGUUGUAAACACUACCUUAGGGGCGUGUGGUGAAUUACCCGCAGAACAAGUUGGUCCUUAUCUACCUUGUUCUAUCUGGCAGUCUGGAAAAUAUAAGAAACUCAGCAAUGUAUUCACAAUUAUGGAGUUUGAUUUCUCAAAGCCAAUAAGCCCAUCAACCGGAAAGAACCAGGUUGAAUUUGUGGAGUCCGGGAUGUGUCAUGGAUUCGCACUGUGGAUUGACUGGGUGAUGGAUUCAGAUAAUUCUAUGUUAUUAUCUACAGGUCCAGAUAAGAGAUAUUGGAAGCAAGGAGUAAAGCUUCUGGCAAAGCCUGUGGCUGUUGGAAUUCCCGGAUCAACAUGUCUUAGUAAAUGUUGUCAUGCAGUAGUUGAGGCAUCGUUCGAGCCAUCAAAUGGAGAACUUUUCGUCAGACAUGUUUUCUCAUAGCAAAUUCAAUAUUUUGAAAUAAGGGCCGUUUCUCUUGGACGGUUUCUGCCUAGCAUCUCAGGGUUAUUUAUUUAUUUAUUUUUUUAAGGGGGGUUUUGUACUCUUUGCUGCUGCAUGCAUGUUUUGAUAAGACAAGUAAUUUUUAUUUUUAUUUUUUAGAUUUUCUAUUGCAAGUUUAUGUUAUGUGCACCUUGUAAAAUUUUGAAUGCUGGAUCAAUCUAUGGCUAAAGUCAUAGGUUUUGACCAUGGCUUCGUCUGACUACCUAGCUCAACAAGCCAAGGCAAAAAAGCUCUUUAAUUGUCUGGAGUUCUCCGUUCAAUCUGUUUGCG